GAGACCUAUACUUAGUCCCAGUUUCACUAGUAGUAAAAUGAAAGCUAUGUUUGUUUUGAUGUCAGAAUGUGCUAAGAAUUUCAGCGAAUACUUUAUACGAAAAGACAAGGAUUCUAUAGAAGUGGAAAUGAAAGAUUUAUUUACCCGCUUUACAAAUGACGUUAUCGCAACUACAGCUUUUGGGAUAGAGAUUAAUUCUCUAGAGACACAAGACAACGAAUUCUACAUUAUGGGACGAGACAUUACUAAUUUCACGGGCUUUUGGAAAAUUUUUGAAAAUUAGAUUCUUCGAAAAAUCUGUAGCAAAUUUUUUCACAAAAAUUAUUGACGAAACUAUCAAAGUCAGAAAAGAGAAAGGCAUCGUUAGACCCGAUAUGAUUCAUUUGUUGUUGGAGGCAAGGAAAGGUGGGAGUCAUAAAAAAGAAAAAGUGGAAGAUGUCGGUUUUGCAGUAGUAGAAGAAACAGAUUUAGGAAAAGCAUUUAUCAAGGAAAUCACCAAUUUGGAUAUUGCAGCUCAAGCUAUGAUUUUCUUCUUUGCUGGUUUUGAUACGGUCUCUAGUUUAAUGUCUUUUAUGGCGUAUGAGUUGGCUCUUCAUCCCGAAAUCCAGAAAAGGCUAAGAGAAGAAAUUGAAAAAACUCUCGAAGAGUGUAACGGAAAUGUUACUUAUUCUGCUAUUUUAAAAAUGAAAUACAUGGAUAUGGUAGUAUCAGAGUCUCUUAGAAAAUGGCCAAUCGCUAUAGCAAUAGAUAGAGUUUGUACUAAACCAUAUACAAUUCAACCUACAAAGCCUGGAGAGAAACCUCUUCAUAUCGAAAAAGGUACGAUAAUAUGGUUUCCCAUUUUUGGUAUUCAUCGCGAUCCAGCAUACUACCCCGAUCCAGAUCGAUUUGAUCCAGAAAGAUUUGGAGAGGACAAUACCGAAAAUAUCGUUCCAUAUAGUUUUUUGCCUUUCGGUGUAGGUCCAAGAAACUGCAUCGGUUCUAGAUUCGCAUUAUUGGAAACCAAAGUUGUAUUUUUUUAUAUAUUAUGUAACUUUGAAAUUGUACCUAAUGCGAAAACAGAUAUUCCAAUACAAAUAUCAAAGUCGUCGUUCAACUUGUUAGCAGAAAAUGGUUUCUGGUUUGAUUUGAAGCGCUUGCGUAAAUAAUGUAUUGAACAAACUAUGAAUAAAAUGUUGUUCAAUUCAUUUAAUUGUAUGUUUUAUAAUGUAAAAGAAGUAUUUAAAUAUAUAUUUAAAUGUAAUGUUUGAAAUAAAAAUUUGGUAUGAUUCUA